CACGUCAAUUGAGUAAUUAAUUUGAUGUGCCAAGAUAAGAAUAAUUGUACCCCAUCGAACAAUCCAAUCCACAAGUCGAUAUUACCCAUCUUACAUAAAUCCGGGCUUCCCAUUUUGGAUGAGUGGAGAUAAUUCUGGUAUAAAAUCGGACCCGAGGCAGCUUCUGGACAUCACAUCCUCCUCUUCUCUCCUCCAAUCACCACUACAAUGUUGAAGCUUGCUAUUGUCGCCCUCCUCGUCGCCUCCGCUGCUGCCCUUCCCAGGGUCAGCCGCAGAGUUCCCGGAGGUGGAAAGAUCGUCGGAGGUGAGGACGCCACCGUUGGUCAGUUCCCCUACCAGCUGUCAUUGCACUGGUUCGGAAGCCACAUUUGUGGUGCGUCCAUCAUCGGACCUAACCUCGCCAUCACCGCUGCUCACUGCGUCGAGGGUGACGUUCCCUCUUCCCUCCGCGUCAUUGCCGGCAAGCACCAGAGGACUGUGACCAGCCCGAACGAGCAAGGCCGAAACGUCGACCGCAUCCACGUCCACGAGCAAUACAACGGAAACACCUUCGUCAACGAUAUUGCCCUUUUGCACCUCGAGGCUGCCAACCCCUUCGUGUACAACGACUUUGUCGCCCAGAUUGCCCUCCCAACCUCUCAACAGCAGACGACCGGGGAUAUCAUUGUGUCCGGAUGGGGAGCCACCAGACAGGGCGGAGCCCUCGCCAACAUUCUCCAGUGGGUCCAACUCCCCACUAUUGCUGACGCCGCGUGCCAAGGAAUGUACCCGGAGGAGACCAUCGAAGCCCACAUGCUCUGCGCCGGCCUUCCCGAAGGAGGCAAGGACUCGUGCCAAGGAGAUUCUGGUGGCCCACUUGCUGCCGUCACUGGAGGAUAUUUGGCUGGUUUGGUCAGCUGGGGAUAUGGUUGCGCCCUCCCCAACAGGCCCGGAGUUAACACUGAGGUCAGCUACUUCAUCGACUGGAUCGCCGCUAGCCGAGCAUAAUUCCAAUCAACAUUGUCCACUCGUUCAACAAUUGAAUUCUUGUUUUCCCUUAUGUUUGUCUUUGAUGAUAAGCAGUUGGAAAAAUAAAUUUAAAUUUAUAAAUCUGUAAA